UGAAGUUUGUGACAACUUCAGACACGCUGGAGGCGACAGGUGAUAGACCGGGGAUAGAAAAGCUCAGUUACAUCCCCCGGGCAAAGACGCUGCAGAUCAUUUACAACCGUUUUACUUUUUAAUUGCCCGACUUUGGCUUAAAAUUGAGUGAAAAUUGAGAGGGGGAAAUUAUAAUUUUAUUGAAACAUAGGCAGGACUUGGAGUUGUUUUCUGGAAUAAUUAUAUUUGUGGGAGAGGGAGAUUUUAUUUUUUUAAAGAAGAACAAAAAAAAUCCGAAUGCCAAACGUGUGUUUGCCAAUAAAAUCUCCCCUUUAAAUUUACUGGUUAGAUAAUGUGUCAAUGUCAUUUAAAUUGGACUUCAUUCCAGUGCCUGGACCUUUUAAAAUUGGGAUUUUAAGAAUUUAAAACGAAAAUGCGCCUCUGUGUGAAGAAGAUCUUCCUGGCGAUAUCUGGGGCUACGGUGACUUUCCUGCUGGUCGCUUUGGUGGAUCGCCAGAGGCGUGGGGACUGGAGCGGGGUCAAGAUGAAAGUUGGCCGACUCCCCGCCCCCCCGUGGGGCGGCCACGACUUGAGAGAGGAGCCGCUGGAUGGCCGGGGGCUGGCUGACCCACUGCGGGCCAUCUCGGGUUACAUCGGAGCCCUGGCGUCGGAGCCUGAGCUGGAGGAGCAAGACGGGAGGCCCGCCGGCUCCCAGCUGCCGGGCGGAGGUGCCACUCGCCUGGAACAUCAGGUGGAGUUGAGGGACAUCUUCAUCGCUAUCAAAACGACCCACAAAUUCCACAAAGCCAGACUGGAAUUGCUUCUGAAAACUUGGAUUUCAAGAGCUUGGGAGCAGACAUACAUCUUCACUGAUGACGAGGAUGAGGAGCUGACAAUCAGGACAGGUCAUCGAGUGAUCAACACCAACUGCUCAUCAGCCCACAGCCGCCAAGCCUUGUCGUGCAAGAUGGCAGCCGAGUAUGAUGUGUUCAUCGCGUCGCGUCUGAAGUGGUUUUGCCAUGUCGAUGAUGAUAAUUAUGUCAACGUACGUGCCCUGCUGAACUUGCUGUCAACCUUCCCUCCCAUGCAGGAUGUCUACAUUGGAAAGCCCAGCCUGGACCGACCAAUCGAGGCGUCUGAAAAAUUGCCUAACAAUAAAACAAAAUCGGUCUUUUUUUGGUUUGCCACCGGCGGAGCCGGGUUUUGUAUUAACCGGGGGCUGGCACUGAAGAUGGCACCUUGGGCAAGCGACGGACAUUUUAUGAAUACCGCAGAGAGGAUCCGUCUCCCUGACGACUGCACCAUCGGUUAUAUCAUUGAGGCCAUCCUGGGCGUGAAUCUGAUUCGAAGCCCACUCUUCCACUCCCACCUCGAGAACUUGCAGCUUGUCUCUAAAUCCCAGGUUCAAAGCCAGGUCACUUUAAGUUAUGGGACCUUUGAGAACAAGAAAAACAUAAUCGAGAUGAAAGGAGCGUUUUCUGUUGAUGAAGACCCUUCCAGAUUCAAGUCCAUUCACUGUUUACUUUACCCAGAAACACCUUGGUGUCCCUAAGAGGACACCCCUGACCUCUGUCAUGGUGAGGAUUAAAGGUCAUGCACUGCCAACUCUGCACUUUCGGAAAGCACUUUGGGCCACUUCCAUUUACAGAAAAUGGUGUCAAGUUUAAAAAGAGAGAGAGAGAGGAAAGAAGGAUAACUAAAACUGAAGAGUCGAGUUGACUGAGCUGGACAAUCAUUACUUGAACGGUGGUAAGAAAAUGGCCACUCUUCCAUGGUGUUCGUAAUUAGCGGCCUUCAACUAUGAACAAAAGAGAUAUGACAGUAAAUAAGAAGCACAAGACUUCAACUAGGCCCUUGAUCGGGAACUAUUUUGAAAGAGGAAAUAUUUUAAAAGUAUAUAUUAUCUUAUUUCUUUCCCCCUCACUUAGGGGAGAACUCUGAAUGAAGCUUCCCCACACAGGGUGCCUUUUAGUGAAUGAUGAAGUCGGCCCUGUUUGUUGGCGAGGGAGCCUGUGUGAUGAAUUCUCAAAGGUUCAAAGAAAGGCAGUGAUGCCACACCGUGCAGUAAGAAGCUAACUGAUUGGCUGUUUCCUGACCACAAUGUUGAACAUCUCUUCAAAAGCCUGGAAAAUAUAUUUUUUUUUAAUUAAAAAUGCUAAAGAUUUAUAGUUUUCAUGA